GUUAACGUGGGAGCGUCUUUGAGACACCCGGCUAACAUACACUUUAGCACAUAAUGGGUAGCGGUCCGACCUUUCCAAAUCCAAAGUACUUCUGGUCCCCAACUGGUGGCUGGAACAACACCCCAAAGAACUAUAAGGUCAACACCUUGGUGUUGGGCGGGAUCGCCGUCGCCUUCAUGGCCUUUGGCAAGCUCGUCGAGUCCCAGGUCGUCUUUGACAGAGCCGCGGUGCACUCCCAGGAAACCGUAGACAAGUGGAAUGCCGCUGCCAAAUUGAGAAACAAGCACAUUGAGGAAACCGGUCAGGUCAACAUCAACAUCCACGACAGAAAAAUCGCUAUGGUUGUGACUUGA